AAUGUGCUUCUUAAACAUUGGUUCGUUGGGCAUCCAAUCAUACUCGGCCAAAUCGAAAGUUGACCCCCUCUCCUUCUUCCUUUCUUGUGAAACAGGGAUGUAGGCUAAUAAUUGGCGCAAGUUAGUGAUUUGGUAGUCAUUGCAUACUGUGUAUGUUAUUACCGAGAUAAUAUGAUUCCAAAAUAUGACUGUCCAAGCAUAUUUAAAACAAUAAGGGGUUUACCUAGUAUUUGCAUCGUUCUAUUUUUACUUUGGUGCGCAAAAUCUGCUUUUUGCGAGUCGUACGAACUUAGCCCACAGAAAUGUGUUGUAUGGGGCCCGGGACUCGACCCCAAUGUUGUAUUGCCCGUUCGAUACUUUUACAUUCAGGCAGUGAACUCCGCGGGAAUAAACUUCACGAAGUCUCCAGGCAAAGGCUCAUUUCGAGUGCAGAUUUCCUCGCUGACUCCUGGUGAGCACAUCCGCAUCCAUGUCCCACAGCCCCUUGACCGUGCCGAUGGCUCCUUUCUCAUGAGAUACCGGCUGUAUGGCAGUGCCUCCAAGGGACUGAAGGUGGAAGUGUUUUAUAAGGAUCAGCCUGUUGGCCAGUCUCCCUAUGUCCUACAAGGUCCAGUGUAUCACGAGUACUGUGAUUGCCCAGAGGCCAACCCUCCUACCUGGCUGGGCAACAUGGCCUGCCCCACCGAAGAGCCUCAGAUCCUGAAGGACUUCAGUAACUUUCCCUCCAUAGACUUACAGCGCCUUCUAAAAGAGGUUCCUCGGCGCUUUGCCCAGAGGGGAGGCCUCAUCCACUACACUGUCUUAAACAACCAAGUCUACCGCCGGGCUCUGGGUAAAUACACAGACUUCAAGAUGUUCUCGGAUGAGAUGCUGCUCUCCCUAGCCAGGAAGGUGCGCCUGCCUGACGUGGAGUUUUACAUCAAUGUGGGAGACUGGCCAAUGGAGACACGGAAGGUCAAUGAUACCCCUGGGCCUCUGCCAAUCAUCUCUUGGUGUGGCUCUGCAGACACACGUGACAUCAUCCUGCCAACCUAUGACAUCACCCACUCCACGCUGGAAACCAUGAGGGGUGUGUCCAAUGACCUGCUUUCUGUCCAGGGGAACACGGGCCCCCUUUGGGUUAACAAGACGGAGCAGGCUUUUUUCCGUGGAAGGGAUAGUCGCGAGGAGCGCCUUCGCCUGGUCACUCUGUCCAGGGAGAACCCGGACCUGCUAGAUGCUGGAAUCACUGGUUACUUCUUCUUUCGGGAGAAGGAAAAGGAGCUGGGCAAAGCACCUCUCACAGGCUUCUUCAACUUCUUCAAGUACAAGUACCAGGUGAAUGUGGAUGGCACUGUGGCAGCAUACAGGUUUCCCUACCUGAUGCUGGGAGACAGCCUGGUUCUCAAACAGGCCUCUCCUUAUUAUGAGCACUUCUACAUACAUUUGCAGCCAGGUAAACAUUAUGUACCUGUGCAGAGGAGUUUGGUUGACCUCAUCGACAAGAUCAAGUGGGCCAAGAAAAAUGAUGCAGAGGCGCAGGCAAUAGCCAGAGAGGGGCAGAUACUGGCUAGACAGCUACUGCAGCCCAGCAGGCUGUACUGUUACUACUACACUGUGCUGCAGAUGUACGCGGGGCGCCAAACCAGCCAACCCACAGUGCACCAGGGGAUGGAUCUAGUUCCCCAGCCAUCAGACAACACUGCCCACUGCAAGUGUGAGCGAGAAACACAAGGAGAUGGGCCUGCGUCAGGGAAGGAUGAGCUCUGACACAAACGUAGAGGAUGGGGUGGGCAAACAACUUUGUUACUGAAGAUCCACAUUGUUACUUUGGUGCCAGUUAUGCUGAGUGUUGAUCUGUGGUCAGUUUAUAUCUGGAGUAUAACUUGUAUAUUGGUCUUUGUCAAAAGGCCAGAGAGUGCAAGUCCAGCUUAAUGUGGCCUUUGUGUCUGAAGGUAGUUAUUACAAAGGUGUACUUGAGCCACUUCUUCAGACAUAUUUCCUGUGUGAUCAUUUCCUUGAAUGAAUUAAACUCUCAAUGGUGCCAUAUAGGUAAGCCUUUUUUUCAUAGACCAUGCCUUUAUGCAGAUGAAAUGCUCAGAUUUCCAAUGCACAAUCACACCCUUCCCCCAAAAUAACUUCAUCCUAUUUCCCUUCAAAGGAAGGUGGGAAUGUGAUGGAUAAAGAUUGGCAGCCAUAGGAAAAGUAUGUGCCUUUAUUACAGAGCUUAGCCUGCACCUUUAUUAUUACAUACUGUAUAGCUUUCCCAUCAAAACCCAAAACCUGCAACAUAAGUGGUCAUGAUUGACAAAGAUAGCACGUGUGAGUUCAAGUUGGCUUAUAUUGUCAUGUGACUUAAUUCUCAAGGCUUUUCUGACUCACCAUUUCUUCCCUUCCAUUAUGCCACAUGCUCCCCUUAUGUAAAUUAUUGUGAUUUAUGUAAAUGUAAUUCAAAAGGUAUGGUCACAUGCAGUUGCUUUUAUAAAAUUUUCAUGCUGUAAAUGUUUACAAGACACCUGGAUGUUUCACUUGUAUUUGGUACAAUAUCUAAAUGUUUUAGACACAGCACAUGUAUUUUACUUUAGGAUUGUGAUGUUUCUCAUUACCUGAACUUUGUGUCAUUUAAAUAUUUAUUUUACAAAAAUAUGCUUAAUAAAGUCUUUUCUUGUUUUUUUAAAA